UAAAACACAAAACUUUUUCACUUUCUUUUCCUACCCACCUAUGUUUUCUUCAGAUCCAACUAAUACAAUCGUCACUUGCACCCCCCCCUUUUCCCUAUUCAACCCAUGUAUGUGCUAAGUUGAUCCUCUCAUCUUCUCUCUAUGCCAUUCCCUAAGGUUUGAUUCAUCGUUUUCUGAUUCAAAGUUUGCAUUUUUAUUGUUGGUCUUCUGAUUUUAAUUGAGGGUUUUUUCUUUUUGUUUUGGAUAAAUUGUCGAUAUUGAAUUUUUUGUGAGUUUUUGGAUCUGGGUCUGAAUUUUUUGCUUGAGUUGUUGCUUUUCGAGAAAUAGGGUGUUUUUGGUAGAUCUUCUGUAGAGAUGAGUCUUUGUAAGUUUUACUUGAAUUGAGUUCAUUUGUGUGUUGCUUCUUAAUAUGAUGGAUCUGAUCUCUAGAAGGGUAAUGGAUUUGUUUGUUUUAGGUUGGGUUGCAAAUAGAAUUGAGGGAAAAAUCAAAUGAGGUUUUGUGCUCUUUUUACUUUAUGAAAAUCAUGAAAUCAAUCACAUUGAAGAUCGAUAAUUGGCUUCAAGUUUGGUGUGGUAGAUGGUGAAUUUAGAAUGAAUUGGCUUCUAGUAUCUCAAUUCUCAAGUGCAUGUUUGGUUGCACUUUGGACACUAGAUUUUAUUUUAUUUUUUAUCGAGAUGGUAAGGACAGAGGGUUUGAUAUUUGAAUAAUUUGCUUAUUGUUUAUUUAGGACUAACAUAUGUGUAGCAUAUAGAUGCAAAUAAUUUCUUUUGAAAUUAAACUUUCAUCCCUUCCAGUAUGUUUCAUUAAUCAGCAAAGUUAUUUGGGUAUACAACUGAAAACUUGAUGCGCUAUUUUCUCUUAAACUUGGUUAAGUCAUGCUGCGGUUUGAUUGUUUAUUUUUUAAUCAAUAAAGUUAUAUUUGUAUUAAAAAUAUAUAAAUCCAAUAUUUCUGAAGAUUUUGGUCAAACCAUGUUUAAUUUGACAAAAUUUGAAAUUAGUUGUUCAAAUUUUGGCACAAACAUGAAUUUCUCCAUGUCUUUCUGUGCACAUGAUUAUGUGUUGUUUCACUUGUUUGUAUUUUUCUGCAAAUUUUUAGUCUUUAGAUGUCUAGUUUUAUUGGGAAAUUUGAUUGGUGCUUGAGGCAUUUUCUUUCAUAUAAAUGUUGAUUUAUGCUUUUCUUUUUGGCCUUCUAGUUUCUUUUAAUUAUUUGCAUGGGGCUGCUUGUCAUUCUCUGUAAAUGAGUCGUGUCUCUUUGUUUUUGUGAGCACUUUCAGAUUUUGAUGAUUCCCAUGCUCUAUGUAGCUUACUCUGCAGUUGGGAAGGGUGUACCCGAACAAGAGUGUAAUUGCUGCGUACAGAGUUAUUAAUAGUCUUCUAGAUCUGUUGGCUUUUUCAGGAUGGGCAAGUGCAAGGGUUGUGGGAAGUUAGGGAGAAUGAGGCCAAGGGAUGGGUCUAUGAGUGCUUAUGAAUUUUCUCUGAUGCUGUCUCCUGUUGUUUCUGUUUGGGAUUGCAUAGUUCGCAAAAUGAGGUACUCCUACAGACCUGAGUGGGUGUAGUGGUUUUGGAACGAAUCGGUAGUAUUAGUCUUGAUACUUUGACUAAUUACAAUAUAUUUAGCAUUACAGUUGGGGAAAGAGUGGAAAAUAUUACAGAGAAAUGUAUAUAGCUCCAAAGAAAUUCUCUUGAAGAAAAGGGAUUCUCAAAGAGGACGUCACUUUAGUAUUUACUAUUUAGGUUUAGUAAAUUCUAUGGAUACCAUGGCAUGUAAUAAAGGGCAACAUGUGAGAAAAGCAAAGAAGAAGCAAGUGAAAGACGAGUUGGAUCGUCUUAAACAGGCUGAGAAGAAAAAGAGGCGUUUGGAGAAAGCACUUGCUACUUCUGCAGCCAUCAUUUCUGAACUGGAGAAAAAGAAACAGAAAAAGAAAGAAGAACAACAGAGACUGGAUGAAGAAGGUGCCGCAAUUGCCGAGGCUGUUGCUCUUCAUGUUCUACUUGGUGAAGACUCGGACGAUGCUUGUAAGGUUGUUAUCAACAACAGCAGUUGCAAGACGUGGAACUGCAACCAGAACAUUGACAUCUUCAUGAGUGGAGAAAGUGGUUGCUUCCCUCAUAUAGAUUGUGGAAGAUGGUCUUUUGAAAGAGUGGGUUGGGUCAGUGAUGCAUACAGAUAUGGUUGCAAGUGGGGUGCUACUGAAAAUGGUGAAUGGUCAUUCUCUUCAGAGCCAUUUGAAAAGAAUGUGCAUGAACAACUGUAUGAAGAUGCAGGUUUCUCUGCAGAUCUUAUUGCAGCACAAGCAGUUUCAUCACUGCAGAUUGCUGAGGAGGAAGAUGAAGAGAGGAUUCUCUUCUAAAAGUUUUUAAGGAAAUGCUGAGGUGAUAGAAUAACUGCUUGUGAUGGUGAUGGUGACUGGAUCAAGUCUUUUGUUACUUUGAUUGGAGAUAUGUAUAUAUUAUUAUGAGUCUUGUCCAUGUCAAACACUUGAUGCUUCAGUUGUGAUUGAACAUGUAACAUGUUGCAGUGUGACCAUGUUUUAUUAUUCAUUAUCUUUAACUGUGUGUGACUUUUUGAGCUGAUUUCCAUCAAUAUAAAACCACUGAAGGACC